AUGGACUCGCCUAGCAAUCGCGGCAGAGGCCGUGGUGGCGGACGAAAGCGUCAUACCUUCCCAUCGAGAUCGUCUUUUCGAUCGUCUGAAUCUUUUGAAAGCCCUUCGGCCGCUGCCACCACCCCAGUCGCAGUACCCCAGACAUCCUCAUCCUUCACCUUUGAGACGCCAAGUCCGAAUGCUAGAGGCACUCGGAUGCGCACCCGUCAUCAAGAUGACGCCCAACCUUCACCUGAUGAGCCAGGAAGCAAGGGCGGGCGCUCUCUUCGAAAGCGUGCUCGUAUUGACUAUACUAGCUUUGAUCAGGCCGAUGACGAGGAGGCCGUAGAGGCCAAGUCCACGCCGCUUACAACGCGCUCAGUGAAGAAGCGAAAGGCUGAUCCCACACUUCAUGACGAAGACUUCAAAGAGGAAUUGGAGACUCGCAUCAAGCGACGUGCCUCAGAACAGCCUCAAAAAAGUACCACACGCCGCAGCACUGCGCGAAAAUCCACCGUUGAACCUCAGCCACCUGUUACGGAGCAACAAGAAGAGGACGUCACAGUCCACGACACGAUUGAGGUUGGUGGCCAUCACAGUGAGCCAUCAGAAUCAUCUUUCCACCACAGUAAUCAAAGCACUAGUUCUGGCGCUUCCCCCAAGAAUGAGUCCACUGCAAAUGCUUCUGCGCCAACCUCCACCUCCGUUCCAACCCAAAUCACCGCCCCGGAACCCACUGCAGAGACAGCGCGCAAGGAUUUGCAGCACCGAAAACCCCAGCCUCAGCUUGAAACCCCACCGGAACCGGAGGUUGAGACCAAGGAGCAGGAAAUCCCCAAGGUGGAGGUUCAUGAAGAGCCUCAACAACUUCCAGCAGAGCUACCGACAGCGCCAGAGAAAACCAAGGCUGAGGAAGCCAUCCACGGAACCCAAACGAAGUUUGCCAUUAACCAAGUCAAUCCACUCGACGCUGCACAAGAAGCCAUCGAACCUGCCACUGAACAAGACAAGGUUCAGCCUUCCAAUGUCAUCCUUAAGCCCAACAGGCUUCUUCCGUCCAGUGCAAUUUUCAAGCAAAGCAAGUUUCCGCCUCCCACCAAAGCUGUCGAGCAAGACGAUGUCGGCACUUAUGCGUACCUCACGCCGUACAUUCAAGGUGCCAGGGUCUUCUAUCCAGCCAGUCAGACGGAAGUCGAGCCUGAAGCUGAGCCUGAAGCGGUACAGGAGGAAGCUGUACCCGAGGAAACCGUCGAGGAUCAACCUGAUGUCGGGGACGAAGAUACACCUGGAGGCACCCCAGGUGGCGCCGAAGACACUGCGGUCAACUCACCCCUUCUCGAUGUUGACGUGCCAUCUGUUCAGCCAUGCACGAAGAAGCAAUUUGCUUUCAAACAAACGCGAUCAGCCUCACAGUUCACAGACUUGUUCGAGAACCCAGAUUCCUUGUCACAAUCUGAACUGUGGGAACGACUGGCGGCUGUGAAUAGAGUUUUGGUUGCAUGGCAAGAUGAGUACAAUGAGCUACGCAAAAUCACCGAUGACGAGGAUAAUGCACAAAGAUAUCAGACGGAAGAGGCACACUUCUCACAUAAACAAAAGAUGCUUCUCAGCAAAGACCCUACCACGAAUCCUAUCCGUACCAAAGACUUCGUUGUCAAGGGCAUCAGAGCAGCCAAGCCGGACCCAAUGGUUACCUAUGCGCGACAACAGGACAGAAUCAUGGCAAAUGCCUACCUGUUCGACUAUGAUGACCGAGAGUCCAAGAUUGGACUACAGGAUCCCGUUGGCCAACGUGGUGGUGCUCACAAGACGCGACUUCGCGACAGACCCAAGCAAACCGCUAAAGCCGCUGAAGCUGAUGAUGUGAAUGUCGUUCAUGGCAAGCGCCCUAGGAAAGCACCCAAUCUUUUCGGCGAUAGUGAAGCUGUUAGCAGAAGCUCUACCCCUGUUCCGGUGCCACAACCACGACGGAGGCGUGGACGCCCCUCGGCAGCGGAUAAGGAAAGAGAGAAGGAGGAAGCCGAGGAGCAGCAUCUGGACGUGCUGCCCACAUCCCAACCUGAGCCUGUUGUUGAAGAGACACCCAAGAAGCGUAAGGGGGGCAGACCCCGAAAGCAUCCUCUGCCCCCGCCUAUUCCCGAGGACGACUUGCCAACUCCACCUGCCCCGGAAUCUGUCGAGGCCGAGGAAGAGAGACCUUCUCGCAAGCGCAGGCGCAGAAACGCUCCUGUCCAAGAGGAGCCUGCCCUGCCCGCCACCAACGGUACAAAUGGCCAUGCAUUGGCAGGACCUACCACGCGUCGACGCAACUCCCGUCUUGCGGAGAUUCCGUCGGGUUCCUUCUACAGCACCGCAUCUGUCCCUUCUACACAACCUCAUGACGAGUCCCGUCCCAACACAUCGUCUUCGACAGCUACCGAGUCGACGACAGGUACCUACCAGCUUCGAGAGAAACGUCAAAAGCGGUUCUCUUUGGGUGAGGAUGAAGAUGAUUUUGAAGAUGAGAUGGAGCAACGCAAACCCAAGCGUGUCCGCCGGACGUCCAAAAAGACCCAAGUUGAGGACUUUGCGCCUGUUCCACACACGUAUGCUCCGAUCGAGCCCGAGCCUCAGAGGCUGCCCAAGAUCAAGAUUAAAAACUUUAUGCCUGGAAAUGGAACGGCUUUCCCACCCGGGCCUGGACCUGCACCGACGUCAGCCCCCGGGGCCAUGCCUGUCAGCUACUCGAUAAACUUUUCCCAGAGCAACAGCUCGACCCCGCCGCAGCUCGCACCUAGCCAGAGCAACGGCAUGGAAAGCCAAAAUGGCAGUCAGAAUGGCUUUUCGGAGAACGGCUACGAAAACAAAGACUAUAGCACCAUGACGAAGUCAGAGAAGAUGUCUUAUUCCAUGAAAGCUCGAUGGGCUUCUGGAUCGAUGUCACCCGCCGUUGCAAAGCGACGCGCAACUCUCGCGGCUAAGAAGGCCGCGGCGAAGCCUGCCACUGCUGGCGUAGUAGCUGAUACACCAGAAAUGUCGGACGUACAAGAGGGAUCGCAAGGGCCUAAUGGACGCGAUCGAGUCGAAGUUCCCGAUGGGGCUGUCUCCCAAUAG